AUGUCGACCGCGGAGGAGCUCCUGCGCGACUUCGAGGAAGAUGAGGACUUCCAGCAGGAGGACGUGGAGGAAGAGCCCCAGGAAGAAGAGAAGCCUCAGGAAGGUCCCGGAGCGACGAACGAAUUCGACCUUUCCAUCAGCGCUACCGAUGAGCUGACCCGCCUACACAAAGCUCUGCGCGAUCAUUAUUCAGUCCGAUUCCCCGAGCUCGAAACCCUAGUCACGAGUCCCCUCAACUACGCGAAGACAGUCGCCAUUCUUCAAAAUGGACCACUCGACGAUAUCAAGGCUAUAUCGACCUCAUCAAACAACAUGGUGGGCGCGCCGCUCGAUUCGGUCCUCGAUCGACCGUCUCUGAUGGUUGUGACGGUGGAAGGAUUGACAACUCGAGGGCGAGAGAUGACCGAAUCAGAGCUCAAGGUUGUGCAGGACACAUGCGCGAAGAUUCUAAAACUUGACCGCGAACGCACGGCACUUACGGAGAGCAUUCAGUCUCGGGUGUAUCAAAUUGCACCAAAUCUGGCGGCGCUGAUUGGGCCCGAGACCGCGGCGCAAUUCCUCAACCAAUCUGGCGGUUUACGCGAGCUGGCUAAGAUUCCUUCGUGUAAUCUGGGAGCACAGGGCUCAAGAAGACAGGAAGGCUUGGGUUUUGCUACAAAUCAUGGGGUUCGAGCAAAAGGAUUUCUCUACGACUCCCCGUUGGUUCAAGAGGUUCCCAACGACCUGAAAAAACAGGCUAUCCGGAUCGUGUCCGCGAAAAUGGCACUCGCUACUCGGGCAGAUGUCUCAAACCACGCCAAAGAUGGAUCUCUUGGCGAAGAACUGAAGCAGCAAUGUUUUCAGCGGUUGGAAAAGCUCACGGAGCCUCCACCAAACUCUGGGCAACGGGCGCUUCCGGCACCUGAUGAUAAGCCAGCUCGAAAGCGUGGUGGACGCCGUGCCCGAAAUGCCAAGGAGGCGAUCGCCAUGACAGAACUACGCAAAGCUCAGAACCGUGUCGCGUUCGGCAAGGAGGAAUCAGAAGUCGGAUACGGCACUGGCGAGGGGACCGUGGGUCUGGGUAUGUUGGGACAACAGAACGACGGACGAAUUCGUGCAACGCAAAUCGACCAGCGCACCCGUGCCAAACUCAGCAAAAACAACAAGGGCUGGGGUGCUGCUACUCCCGUCAGUGGCACGGCCUCGUCGCUGCGCGGCUUCGGCCAAGGCGCAGGUGGUGCAGGAGGCACUGCCAGUGUACUCCAGGCCAAGGGUCUCCGCACUUCGGGCGUUGGUCCCUCUUUGUCCGGGACCGCGGGUACUGCCAGUACGAUUGCCUUCACCCCGGUCCAGGGGUUGGAACUGGUCGAUCCGAAUGUCCGAGCCGAACUCAAUCGCAAGCGCAAAGCCGAGGAGGACCGGUGGUUCAAAUCCGGCACGUUCACCCAGGUCGGCGGUCAGAGCAGCACCAAUGCUCAAGGCGAAAACGGGGGCUUCAAGGUCCCUGCCAUCCCGCCCAAGAAGAAGGUCGACACUGGCGAAGGCAAGAUGGGCCCGCCCGCAAAGCCAUAA